ACUCUCCAACCACCGGGUGAGUCCUUCACUUCAAGGGAUUCUUUCCUGAAGACUCAGCUGGGCUCUAUAUCACGUGCGCAUCUGCAACUCUCGGAAAACCGUCCCUCUUCUAUUAUCCCCGGCGCUGAAUUUGGGCCCUGUCGUACCUUCAUUGUGAUUGAACUAGUUCUCGACAAACCACUUAUUCCCAAAAAGAUAUCUGAAGAUCUUGCGAUCGAGUUGAAACCGCUUCUCAGCAAAAAGGAAAAGUUACCGGAUCGGACUCAGAGUGCUGAAAAGGCGGUCAAUGAGUACCAUAGGGCGAUCAUUGAAGUUUCUCAGACCAUACUGAAUAACAUGAAACUGCAGGACAUCCAGUACCUGGUAAAUGAGAGCUCAAUGUUCGCAGCAUUGAAAGAGCAGCUCAAAUUUCCUAUCGUGAAUCUCGUUCGGGAAAAGUUCUUCCGUUCGAAACCUUUCACAGCUCCGGAAGAAUUUCAGUUUUUAUAUUUAAUCCCGAAAGAUGGUGAACCAUGCUUGCGUAAAUUGAAGCCAGAGGAAACCUUGGUGGAGGACUGCCGCGAUCCUGACGUGCAAAUCGAUCGUCAAAUGUGA